UCACAAGCGAAACAAGUAUUUUAUGUGAAUGAUCCUUCAGACAACCAAUGGUCAAUUGUUCUUCCAACGCAAACAAGAGAAUGGAACAUUAAAGAUGGUGAUUUACAUGAUAUACCUCUCGAAGAAGAACUUGUCACAUUCACCGCAAUAGAAGAUAAUGACGAAGUUGAUGAUGAUUGUAUUUGUUUCCGUGAAAAUGGUGAAGGAUUGUGGGUUGAUGAUAAUGGGUCUUGAGAUGGAGGUUGAUCCUUUUGGUGGUAGUUCUGCUGAGGGAGAGCAACGCCCUAAUUCUCAAUCAGUGGAGCAAGAAAAUAAAUCUGUGAGAGGACGUACAUGGAUGUCUAGAAACACCAAAAAAAGGAGUGAAGGACAUCUUACUCCUGUUGAAUACAAUGAGUAUGGUCAACUAGUGGGUGGAUCUAGAAGUAAUGUUUCAUCACAGCUUGGAUCAGUUGUUCGAGCAACUGUGUCCAUCAGCAUUAACAGUUGGAAAGAUGUUAGUGUGGUGGAUAAAAAUAAAAUAUGGGACACAAUGAAGAAAACUUAUGAUUUGGACCCCAAACAAAAGCAACAGAUGUUGAAGGAUGCGGGAAAGUACUUCCGAAAUUGGAAGACUAAUCUUACUAGGGUACACGUUUACGACGCUUUGAAAAAAUACCCAAAUGAGUUCCCGCCAGCUUUGCCAUUUGGAUUUGAGAAUGUCAUAACUCUGUAUAAAUGGUUAACGUUUGUGAACUCAAGAUUAACUCCCGAGUGGCAAAGAAAAAGAGAGGAGAUGCAAAAUUAUCGAGCACUGAAUAAAUACAAUCACAACCUCUCUACAGGAGGCUAUGUGCGUAUUGAAGAGAUGUUAAUGGAACAAAGUGGGAAAAGUCUGACUGAACUUGAUAGGGCAGACUUAUGGAGCAUGGGUCGUCGGAAUGCAAAAGGAGAGCUAAUUGGAGAGGCCUCUGAGAUUCAAAAAAAUAUUGAUCAUUACCGGCAACUCUAAGCUGAGGGUAAAUGGGCACCUGAUGGCCCUGAUGAUGUGCUGACGAGGGCGUUGGGCACUCCUGAGCCUCGAGGAUGUGUUAGGGCUGGAGGACACGGUGUGUCCCGCUCAGUAUACUGGAAUACUCCAACACCUACCUCAACGAGAAAUAAAUCAAAAGCCUCUUCUUCGAAUGACGACAUUAGAAAGGAAUUUGAAGAAAGAUUUCGAAAACAAGAAGAAGAGCAUCGUCAACAAGCACAACGCCUAGAAGAGUGCCUUCAGCAACAAGAUGAACUCUUGAGAAAAUUAUUGGCCCAACAGAGCGGGUCAGGAUCUAACGUUGGAGUCCCACCAGCGCCAUCAUCAUACUAUGUGCCCGACCCACCAGUGCCACCAGCGCAG